AUGCGAAGGACUGCUGUCUUCGGCGUGACUGCUCAGGGUGGCCUCUCUUUGGGUGGAAAGAGCGGCGCCCGAUCUGCUACGGCUCUCUUCAGAUCAUCCUCUCCGAUUGCCGCUACUAGCGAUCGCCGAACGUAUUCGGUGGAGAAGAAGCAGCCCAAGGUGCUCAUUACUGGCGCGCUGGGGCAGAUCGGUACCGAGUUGGUGCCGCUUCUCAGGCAGCAGUACGGAGCUGAGAACGUCGUGGCGAGCGAUGUGCGCAAGGCCAGCGGCCCCGUCGGUGAUGGAGGGCCAUUCGCCUACCUCGACAUCCUGAACAUGGCCGAUCUCGAGCGCCUCGUCGUUGAGCACAAGAUCGACUGGCUCAUUCACAACGCCUCCAUCCUGUCGGCGGCCGGCGAACGCAAUCCGCAACUCGCGCUCGAGAUUAAUGUGAAGGGCCUCACCAACGCGCUCGAAGCGGCCAAGAGGCACAACCUUCGCAUCUUCGCGCCCUCGAGCAUCGCCGCAUUCGGUCCAUCGACGCCGCGCGAUGCGACGCCCGAUCUCACGAUUAUGCGUCCCACCACCGUCUACGGUGUGUCUAAGCUCUAUGCCGAGCUCCUUGGGGACUACUACCACCGCCGCUGGGAUGUAGACUUCCGUUCGCUUCGCUACCCUGGCGUGCUCUCCUCCGUGGCUCCUCCUGGUGGUGGCACCACCGAUUACGCCGUGGACAUCUUCUACUGGGCGCUGCAGAAGGGCGAGUUCAAGUCGUUCCUCAACAAGGACAGCGCGUUGCCCAUGAUGUACAUGCCCGACUGCCUCAAGGCCACCACCAUGCUCCUCGAAGCUCCCACCGAGGCCCUCAAGCAGCGAACCUACAACGUGACGGCCAUCUCCUUCACUCCCGAAGAGCUUGCGGCAGCCAUCAAAAAGCGCAUCCCUAACUUCCGCAUCACCUACGAGCCUGACUUUAGGCAGGCGAUCGCCGACAGCUGGCCUGCGAGCUUGGACGACUCGAUGGCCCGGAAAGACUGGGGUUGGAAGCACGAUUUUGAUCUCGAGGCCAUGGUGGACGACAUGCUUGCCAAGCUGAGGAUCAAGCUGGGCAUCAAGCAGUAG